CUGGGAUUCUGUUGUUGUUGUUUUACCAAGGUGGGGAAGGGGCGGCGAUUGAGAGGGGCGCUUCGGGUCAAAGCGGAGGUAACUCUUAAGCGCCAUUAUGAGCGACCAACUGAAAUUCAUCGUUGAGAAACUCAACAAGGAGCCCUUUAAGAAGAACUUCAAUUUAAUCACAUUUGACUCGCUGGAGUCCAUGCAGCUGUUACAGUUACUCAAUGAUGUCCUGGGAGAGAUUGACCCAAAGCAUGUUGUUGACAUUAGAGAAGAGUUGCCAGAGCAGACUGCCAAACGGAUGUUGAGCCUUCUUGGCAUUCUUAAGUAUAAACCUCCAGGAGGUACCAGCGACUUGAGCACGUUUCGCCAAGGCUUAGUUAUUGGAAGCAAGCCGGUCGUUCAUCCGGUCUUGCAUUGGCUCCUUCAACGGACCAACGAGCUCAAGAAAAGGGCCUACCUGGCGCGCUUCCUGAUCAAGGUGGAUGUUCCCGCGGAGUUCCUGCAGGACGAUACAGUGUCUGAUACUAACAGACAGUAUGAAGAACUGAUGGAAGCCUUCAAAAACCUACAUAAAGAAUGUGAACAGCUCAAGACAUCUGGUUUCUCGACUUCAGAAAUACGAAGGGAUAUCACUGCUAUGGAAGAGGAGAAGGAUCAGCUGUUGAAGAGAGUGGAGCGUCUCAAGAAGCGGGUGGAGACUGUGCAGAAUCAUCAGCGGAUGCUUGAGACGGCCAGGCAGCUCCGGGUAGAGAAGGAGAGAGAGGACUCUCUCGCCCAGCAGAAGCAAGAGCAGAAGAAUCAGCUUUUUCACGCAGAGCAGCGGCUGCAAAGAGUCCAACUCCAGCUCAAGGAUAUGCGUCAUGCCGCCGUGGAUGCAAAGCCAGAAAGCUUAAUGAAGAGGCUGGAAGAGGAGACAAAGUUCAAUACAUACUUGGUCUCUGAAAAGUUUCCUCGAGAACUGGAAUCGAAGAAGCAGUCGCUGCACCUCUUGCAAAAAGUGGUGGCAGAGCCGGCAAUGGGCCAGUCUGAUCUCAAUGAACUCGAAGCCAAAAUAAAUGAGGUCAACAUACAAAUCAAUCAGUUGAUUGAGAAGAGGAUGAUGAAAUACGAACCAAUCGAUAGUAAAUUUUCAAUGUACCGGCAACAGGCCUCCAUCAUUUCCCGGAAGAAGGCAGCCAAGGCAGAGGAACUUCAGGGUGCCAAGGAGGAGCUGUCCAACUUGGAGAGGCAAAUGGUGCAAAAGUCCAGCCAGGCUCGGGAGUCGAAUGGCACAGAGGUGUUGAAGGGGGACGAGUUUAAGCGUUAUGUUAAUAAGCUUCGAAGCAAAAACACACUUUAUAAGAAGAAGCGCCUGGAAAUAGCAGAAAUUACGGCUGAGUACGGCAUCCUGCAGAGAACAGAAGAGCUCCUAACGCAGCGGCAUGAGGACAUACAGCAGCAGUUGCAAACAAUUGAAGAUAAAAAGGGUAUCUCUGGAUACAGCUAUACACAGGAGGAGCUGGAGAGAGUGUCAGCAGUAAAGAGCGAGAUGGAUGAAAUGAAGGGUCGAACUCUGGAUAACAUGUCCGAAAUGGUGAAAAAAUUGAACGCUAUGGUGGCUGAUAAGAAGUCAAGCCUAGCUCCAAUUAUCAAAGAUUUAAGGCAGUUGCGCCAGAAGUGUCAGGAAUUAACCCAAGAGUGUGGAGAGAAGAAAUCCCAGUACGACAGUUGUGCGGCAGGCUUGGAGAGCAACCGGUCUGCACUGGAGCAGGCGGUGAAGGGCCUUCUUGAGGAGUGUGUUCAGGAGGAAAGCCGCUAUCAUCAUACCAACAGCAUGAAAAGAGUUCUAGAAGUGCACCUCCAGCGUGCCAAAGAUGAGAUGAAGAUGUAUGUCUCUUCGGAUCAACAGGAAAGAAGAAAGGCAAUCAGGGAACAGUAUUCCCGGAUGAUCACAGAACAAGAAAACCUUGGAAAGAAACUGCGAGAGAAGCAGAAGGGCAUCCGGGAAAGUCAUGGCCCAAAUCUGAAGCAAGUGAAAAUGUGGCGAGAUUUCCAGUUGCUCGUGGAGUGCAAGAAGGAGUGUUUCUUAAAGCAACAAGACCAAACGUCCAUCGGCCAAGUGAUUCAGGAAGGGGGAGAGGACCGACUGGUCUUAUGAAGCCUCGUGCCUUCAUAUCCCAGUGAUUCUGAAGAGGAGAGUAUUUCCGUAGCAGUUCCAUGGUAAACGUUGGUUUAGUUCUACUACCUUUUCUGCACAAGUUAGAUCUGUUGCUGGAGCUGAGCAGCUCAACUACAAGGGGUGGCUGGAAAGGUUUUGGCUUAAAUAGAACAGCGUUGGUUUUCGAACUGGGCUGAGACCCUUUUGGCCACUCCGUGGAUUAAGCAGGAAAAUAACUUUCUUCUAGGGGUGCUGCAAAUGGAACGUCCUUUCCGUCACUUGAAGGUCAGGUUAAUGAGUUAAGCAGUAGAAAGAGCUCUGGAUGACACUGCUAUGUCAGAAAUAGUUUAGGAGCCAAGCCAUCUGUUAGGCUGAGCUGUCUGUUUCCAGAAAGGCAAAAGUUACCCUGUCUCCAAGUCUCAAAAACUGGAGUUUGAAUCCUGGACUUUUUUGAGGGAACAGCUUCUAUAUCUGGGUUCGUAAGCCAGGGGACACUAAGAUCAAGUGUGCCACAGAGCCAAACCAGCUUGCAUAGUAGUCCUCACACCACAUUCAAGCAUACACAAACCCAACACCUUACUCCUACAUGGCCAUGGGUUCAUCUUCCAAGGGCCACAACCACAAGGCGAGAGCAAGGCUUAAGAAAAAGGCCUUGAAUUCUCAGCACUAUAAUAACGUAAAACAUGUAUUCUUUCUUGAAAAAAACCAUGAUGUCCUGUAGUGUCUGUUCAUUUAGUGUCUGUUCCUUAUAUAGCCUCUGAAGAUUGGGACACUGAUGCUUCAUGUCCUAGCUCAAGCCAGAUUUUGAUUGUUUCCCAAGGAUGCAGGUUGUAACAUU